GAGCCGAGGCCAAGUGCAUUGUGUCUGGCGGCGGCGCGCGAGCCCACCGGCGGCUGCGGCGGGGCGGGAAGCCAUGGAGCCGCGGGCGCUCGUCACGGCUCUCAGCCUCGGCCUCAGCCUCUGCUCCCUGGGGCUGCUCGUCACGGCCAUCUUCACCGACCACUGGUAUGAGACCGACCCCCGGCGCCACAAGGAGAGCUGCGAGCGCAGCCGCGCGGGCGCCGACCCCCCGGACCAGAAGAACCGGCUGAUGCCGCUGUCGCACCUGCCGCUGCGGGACUCACCCCCCUUGGGGCGCCGGCUGCUCCCGGGCGGCCCGGGGCGCGCCGACCCCGAGUCCUGGCGCUCGCUGCUGGGGCUCGGCGGGCUAGACGCCGAGUGCGGCCGCCCACUCUUCGCCACCUACUCGGGCCUCUGGAGGAAGUGCUACUUCCUGGGCAUCGACCGGGACAUCGACACCCUCAUCCUGAAAGGUAUUGCACAGCGGUGUACAGCUAUCAAGUACCACUUUUCUCAGCCAAUCCGCUUACGAAACAUUCCUUUCAAUUUAACCAAGACAAUACAGCAAGAUGAAUGGCACCUGCUUCACUUAAGAAGAAUCACUGCUGGCUUCCUGGGCAUGGCCGUAGCUGUCCUGCUGUGUGGCUGCAUCGUGGCCACCGUCAGCUUCUUCUGGGAGGAAAGCCUGACCCAGCAUGUGGCCGGACUCCUGUUCCUCAUGACAGGGAUAUUUUGCACCAUUUCCCUCUGCACGUAUGCUGCCAGUAUCUCUUACGAUUUGAACCGGCUCCCGAAGCUCAUUUAUAGCCUACCUGAUGAUGUGGAACACGGCUACAGCUGGUCUAUCUUUUGUGCCUGGUGCAGUUUAGGUUUUAUUGUGGCAGCUGGAGGUCUCUGCAUCGCUUAUCCGUUUAUUAGCCGGACCAAGAUUGUACAUCUAAAGUCUGGCAGGGACUCAACGGUAUGACUGUCUGCAUUCAAGGCCCCUCCACGGUGUGGGCAACUCCUGGGGGAAGUGGAGCGGAGUUCACAUCAGAAUUCCAAGCACAAAAGCCGUCUUUUACAUUCCAACCUGUUGCCUGCAACCCUUUCUGGAUGACUGAUAUAAAAUCAUGCAAAACCUCCCAACCUUUCUAAGGACAAGACUACUGUGGAUUCAAGUGCUUUAAUGACUACUUAUGCUUUGAGAAGGAGUAGGAGAAGAGGAACUGCAUCGGAAAAAAAAAAUUUGUAUGAUUUCCAUUUAUUUCAGAAAGUUUGUAUAUAACAAUUACCUGAGAGUCAUUUCUAUUUGCAAAAGGAUUCGUAACAAAGCAAGUAUAAUUUUCUUGUCACUGUACAAUGCUUGUUAAAUUUUAAUGCAGCAUCUUCAGAACUUGUUCGAAUGGUGUCUUGUUGUGUCAGCACCUGAUAUUUGUGCAUUAUUUGUGGCUGUUCCUUGUCACAGGAGGAUUCUUCUGUUGCCUUAUUAUUAUUAUUAUUAUUAUUAUUAUUAUUUAAUUGAAGUCUCUUCUCUGUCUUUGUAAUGGAAUCGAAAUCAUAAGAAAAACAGAUCAACCGUGUAAGAGCUAAUCCGUGACACUAUGCAGUAUUGUUUGAAGUCCUAUCUGUUGUUCAGCUUCCGUCUCUGGAUUUCUGCAUUAAAUGACUGCCCCCUUGUUAA